CUUCAUGUCAUCCACUAUGAAGUUGGACAGCAAUAUGAGCCUCAUUAUGAUUACUUCCUCCAUUAGUUCAACAUUAAGAAUGGAGGGCAGCGAAUGGCCACUCUUCUUAUGUAUUUGUCAGAUGUUGAAGAAGGGGGUGAGACAGUGUUUCCUCAUACCAAAGCAAAUUUCAGUUCUGUGCCAUGGUGGAAUGAGUUGUCUGAAUGUGGAAAACAAGGUCUCUCAUUAAAACCAAAAAUGGGUGAUGCAUUAUUGUUUUGGAGCAUGAGGCCUGAUGCCACAGUAGAUCCUUCAAGUUUGCAUGGUGCUUGUCCCGCAAUCAGAGGGAACAAAUGGUCAUGUACAAAGUGGAUGCAUGUCAAUGAGUACAACAUCUGAGCUAUUAUUUGUAAAGGACUUAGAAGACAUCAUUGUCUCAGGAGGGUCAUUGCUUUUAGUUUGCGUGGUUAAUGGAGUAUUCUGGUGUGACCCUCCUAACUACCAUUUAAACAUUACAAUUGAGGUGACAUGAUUCUGUAUAUGACUGGCCUUUUUUU